AUGAAGAGCCAAAGUCCACCUCCCAGCCUAGACGCAAGAUACAGCGGUAUCUCCCCACGACUCGUAAAGAUUGCGCAAAAUGCGAAAGACAAGCUGUACUCGAAUAAAACAGUCCCCGAAAGCGUUCCUCGUCGCCACGGCGUGCGACUGCCACCCGACACAACCGGCGAAGCCUUCGACGAAGCCAUCAAGGCGCUGCGGAAAGCCCUGGGGGAGGACAACGUUGUCUUGAACGACAAGCCUCUGGUAGAUGGCUGGUAUCUGGAGCAUCCAAACACACACGAUGCGUUCCACCUCGUCGACCAAGAAGAUCUCGUAUCGAGCGCUACCGCGUACCCUGCUUCGACCGCCGAUGUGCAAGCUGUUGUGAAAUGGGCGAACGAACAUGGCAUACCGAUAUAUCCAAUAUCUAUGGGGAGGAAUGUAGGUUAUGGAGGAACGGCUCCACGGGUGCCUGGAUCGGUCGUUGUGGACUUGGGCAAGCGGAUGAACAAGAUCAUCAAUAUAGAUGCUGAGAAUGCAUCCUGCGUGGUUGAACCCGGCGUUUCUUACUUCGCGCUUUACGACGAGAUUCAGAGGAGGAACUUGCCAUUCUGGAUUGACUGUCCAGAUCUCGGUGGUGGCAGUGUGCUUGGUAACGCUAUCGACCGCGGCGUCGGAUACACACCCAUGGGCGACCACUUCGGCGCGCAUUGCGGUAUGGAGGUUGUUCUCCCGACCGGCGAGCUACUUCGAACAGGCAUGGGCGCCUUGCCGGGCAAAGACGGCGCGGACAAUCCAACGUGGCAGUCUUUCCCCGCUGCAUAUGGCCCAUACUCGGACGGCAUCUUCUCCCAGAGCAACUUUGGGAUCGUGUGUCAAAUGGGAUUCCACCUCAUGCAUGAGACAGGCCACCAGUCUUACAUGCUAACCUUUCCUCGCGAUGAAGACUUUCCGGAUAUUGUUGAGAUCAUACGGCCUCUGGCACAGAAAGGCAUUCUAGGCAACAUACCGCAGCUCCGACAUGUAGUGCAAGAGCUAAACGUGACUGGCCAUCCCAAGUCUCAUUGGUACUCCGGGCCUGGGCCUGUGCCGCGUGACGUUAUCCGCAAGCACGCCUCGCAAAUGCCCUGCGGAGACUGCGCCUGGGUCUUCUAUGGAACACAGUACGGCGACGAGACCGCCAUCAAGACCCAGCUCGACGUGAUUAAGUCCGCUUUCUCUGCGAUCAACGGUUUCAAGUUCUUCCUGCCAUUAGAUGUCCCACCAGACCACUAUCUCAAUGACCGCGCGCUUGUCUGCUCUGGCGUUCCUGUCCUCCGUGAGCUCGAGUGGUUGAAUUGGAAACCCAACAGCGCGCACCUGUUCUUCUCUCCUAUCACGCCUACUCGAGGAAGGGACGCCCAGAUUGUGCACGACAUCAACGUUCGCCUACAUGCGAAGUACGGAAUCGACCUCUUCCCCACGCUCUGCAUCGCCGGUCGUGAAAUGCACUAUAUCACCAACAUCAUCUACGACCGCUCAUCUGACGAAGAGAAGCGCCGUGUCAAUGCUUUGAUGACUGAGCUAAUCGCCGAGACGGCGAGAGAGGGGUAUGGCGAAUACAGAACGCACCUGCUAUAUGCAGAUCAGGUUGCAAGGACGUACAACUGGAAUGACAACGCGCUGAUGCGGUUCAAUGAGACCAUAAAGGAUGCGCUGGACCCCAAUGGCAUACUCGCUCCGGGCAGGAAUGGCAUUUGGCCCAAGAAGUACAGAGGGAAAGGGUGGGAGUUGCUUGCGGGCGAUGAUCGCAUUCACAAGGCCAUUGGAGGUGGCACGAUAGCACCUUCUAGGGCGACGAAGGCCAAGCUUUAG